AAGGCCUCCUAUUGUCCCCGGGAGGAAGGAGCCUUGGGGAUUCGGGGAACCCGGGGCCACGCGGCCGCCCGGCUCCCAUAUAAGGCCCCGCGCCCGCCGCCUCGGCCUCAGCGCUCGGAGCUGGAAGUCCCGCAGCCGCAGCCAUGAGGUGCCUCCUGCUCGCUCUCAGCGUGGCCCUGGUGUGCGGCACCCAGGACAUGGGCGUCCCCCAGACCAGGGAGGACCUGGACGUCCAGAAGGUGGCCGGGACCUGGUUCUCCGUGGCCACGGCGGUCAGCGACCUCGCCUGGCCGAGCACCCAGAACACCGCCCUGAGGCUGUACGUCAAGGAGCUGCGGCCCACCCCCCAGGGCGACCUGGAGAUCAUGGUGCACAGACGGGAGGGCGGCCGGUGUGUUGAGGAGAAGAUCUUGGCCGAGAGAACCGGGCGAGCAGGGACGUUCAACAUCGACUACCUGGAGGAGAACAGGCUCGUGGUGCUGGACACCGACUACAAGAACUACCUGUUUGUCUGCGCGGAGAACACGGCCGCCCCCGCCCAGAGCCGGGCCUGCCAGUACCUGGCCAGGACCCCGGAGGUGGACCAGGUGGCCAUGGAGCAGUUCGGCCGGGCCCUGAGGCUGCUGUCCAUGCACAUCCGUAUCAUCCGCAUCCAGACCCAGGCGCAAGAGAGGUGCCGUGUCUAAGCGAGUCCUGCCGACCCGCCUCCUGGGACCUCGGCCUCCCUGCAGGACGGCGUGACCCCUCCUCCGAUGUCACCCCUCCUCCCAGUCGGGGGCCCCAGGAGGGGCUGAGGCCAUGAGGCUGCUGGGCGCCGCCCCCCUGGGACCAGGCCCCUCGGUGCCGCCUGGACCAGCUGCUCUGAGCCCCUCACA